AUGGGAAAAGGCAUGGUCUGCCUCUGCAUCUUUGGGGACUCGUGUCUGUGCUGAGACACAGACGCCACAACCUGUUGGGAGCAUCAACCUCUUGCAUAAGAAGCAACAUCACUUGCCCUUCUGCCAUGGCACAAUGGGCCUUUCCAUCCAAAAGUGUAUUUUCACCACAGUUUGCUGAUCUCUCCCAGUAUGGAGCAUGACUGUCCUAAAAAAUGAAAGCCAUUGCAAGGCUUAUGUUACAAAACUAAGUGCCUCUUGGUUCUGAUAAUAUGGAAAUGGGGCAGUCUAAUCCAUCUAAACAACCUGCACAUUCAGUUCUCCUCUGGGAAGAUGAACAGUGAGAGUGACCCAGAUGUGCCAAGAGCUGAUAGAGAUAACCCAGAGGGUGGCCUCUCAAGUUGCCCCCAUGAAUGCCCUAUGUUCUAUACGCCCAGACUUGUGGCACAGUCAUGCUGAAGCCUUGGCCUGCAGCUUAUUGCUUGGGAAGGUGCUUGGAUCCUACUGCAAUGAGGGCACUACCAAUGGGAUGCUACCUUCUCCUGUUUGCUGCUAAGUUGUCACUGCUGGAGAUGAGUGAAGGCAUUUGAUUCAGCCACAACAAAGCUGAUACAGUCAUGAUGCAAGAGAGCGUGACUGGAGUGGCCUGAAAACCCCUGUGAACCAACACCAGAGCACAUUUAGUAAUGGCACAUCUGUCUGUGCUCUGCAGAUUCUGUCCCGUCACAUCUGCUUCUUUAGAUGGAUGAAGCUCAGAUGUGGGUGAAGAAAGAUCGAGGUAGCAUUGUGUGCAGAAGCAUGAGAGCGUAGGUGUCAUGCAGUCAUGGCCCAUUAGAAGGCAAUGGUGCCUACCUAACAGACUCCUGCUCCCAGGUCCUGGGGGGUUCAAGGGAAGAAGGGGGAAAGCUUAGAGGAGGAAGAUGGUCUUUGGGGAGAUUAGAGUGGGUCUAAAAUAUCCAGCCCUUUGAGUAUCUUGGAGCUUGCUGCUGGCUGAGGGACAAGGGUGGAACAGGGCCAGGUCAUAGAAAAUGGGAAACGUCCUACCAUUUGGUGGCUUUGCUUGCAAACCAAGGGCUGCAUCCAUUGUCUACACCUCAAGGGAUCCUGAGCGGGGGUCGGGCCCUCUCAGCCCAGCUUUGCUAAGGGCCAAGGAGAGCAGUGUGAUACCUCCCUGCUUAUUGUGCUUCUAGGGCUGGCCAUUGUUUCCCUUCUAAAGCCACAGAACUAUGCUUUCAACAUUAAGAAUGUUGGCUUUCAGCUAUAUCCUCUUUCAAAUGAGGAAAACCUUGCAAGGGGAAAUGAGAACAAGAUAGGGAAAAAAGAACAAGAAGGAAGAGGGAGCUGGAAGAAGGCACUGGGGAAGGAGUUGUCUGCAAGAAAUUGGAGGAAGCCAGCAUAGCUCCUCAGCUAGUGGCUAAGAGCCCGGUAUAAACUGGGAAUGUAUUUGCACCGGUGUGUGAAGCUGUGAGUCAGACACAUUCCUCUGUGCAGUAGGCAAGACAGCUCUCCAGGGGCUGGUUCAGGGGGGCAGAGCCGAACUCUCCAGAGUUCCUCUGAGCUAAGAGGAUACAGACUUGGGAGAAGGAGAAACCCACCUGCCUACUGGGACUGCUGGUUUCCAUGAGUCCAGUGAAUGCUGGAGAAGCAACAAGUGAGGAGCUGGUGAAGACCAGAGACAUACCCUGUUGGCUGGUGGAGGUUGUUUUGCACCUCUCAGUCUUGAAGGGGAGAGAAGUGUUCCCUUCUCAGCCCUUUGGUUGUUAAAGAAAACUACUGGAUGGAGCCUGUGAUGGACAAGAUCAGCAGAAUGUACUGGGCAACUUGAGCGCAAGACUUGGAGAGGAUCCUGAGGGCAGCAGCUUCUUGGACGAAAGCAGUGGUGGUGGUGAUGACAAUAGUGUCCUGGGAGGGGACAGCCCAGUCACAGGGCUGCUGGGUGUGAUGCUGCUGAUCAUGUGCCUCGUUGGGAUGGCAGGGAACAUCUACACAGUGGUGGUGGCUUCUGGCAGGGUGGCAGGGCGCUCAGCAGGCUCCUUGGGGGUCUAUGUGAUCAACCUUGCUUUGGCUGACCUCCUGUAUCUCUCCACCAUCCCCUUUGUGGUCUGCACCUACUACGCCCAUGACUGGUUCUUUGGGGAUGUGGGUUGCAGGCUUUUGCUCAGCCUGGACCUCCUCACCAUGCAUGCCAGCAUCUUCCUGCUGACUGCCAUGAGCCUGGAGAGAUACUGGGCAGUGGCCAGACCACUGCAGGCCAGGGGGGCCAGCAACGCUUACCGCAAGCUGGCAAGCGCCAUCCUCUGGCUGCUGUCACUGCUGCUUACGGCCCCCAUGAUGGUGAUGACUCAGCUGCGGGAGAGAGGUGGCCCCCACAAGCGCAUCUGCGUCCCCACCUGGAUGCCAGCGUCUUUCCGGCUCUACCUGACAGUGCUCUUCACCACCAGCGUCCUGGCACCCGGUGUGGUGCUGGGCGUCGUCUAUGCCCGCCUGGUAUGGGUGUACCAGUCUUCUGCCUGGGGCUUGGGGCUGCCAGUAGCUGGCCGAGCCCCUUCCCGGUGGCUUUUCUCCAGGAUCUUCACCAUUGUGCUUGCAUACUGGACCUGCUUCCUCCCCUUCUGGGCUUGGCAGCUGGCUGGGCUGUACUGGGGAGAGCGGCUGGGCAUCAGCCCUGCCGCCCGGGUGUAUCUCAACUUCGGCGUCACCUGCCUGGCCUAUGGCAACAGCUGCAUCAACCCGUUCCUCUACACCCUUCUCGCCAGCAGCUACCACCAGCGCCCCAGCCACAGCAGAAUGGACACGGUGCAGCCCCCAGCGCCCUCCCAGGAGGCAAUGAGUUGCCAGAGAGAGGGCUGCGGCAUUCCUCUGGCUUUUGGGGACUCGCCGAGGUCUGUGGGGGAAGGUGAGGGGUGA